AUGUCACUGUCCAAUGGAGCUGAUUCAACUGCCACUUCCAAGCAGCAAAAACCUCAGCUCCCGAACCCCUUUGAUCUCACUGACUCUGAGAUCCUUGAGAAAGUUUAUCUGACCCACCUCCAUGAUGAAGACAAGUGCGAUGUAGAAGUCCUUUUGGACAUUGUGUCCAGUAUUGUACUUAAGACAAGGUUAGCUGAAGGCAAAGCUUCUCAGACCAUUUUCCAGCCAGAAUUUCGUACAAUGAAGCUGAUUUCUUGUCAGAUGAUAACCACACCUCAUGGUGAACGCUACGUGCACCAAACAACAAUGUGCAUUCUUCAGCACCUGAGAAGCUACUCGUGGGAGGCAAAAGCACUAGUAACUCUAGCAGCUUUCGCUUUGGAGUAUGGGAACCUUUUGCACCUGAGUGAUGUAGAAACACCAGAGAACCAACUCACAAACUCGUUGAAACAACUGAACCAAGUUCAAGCUAGAAAGAACCCUGGCACUACUUUGGUGGAGUUGGUGAUGGAAGUGCUUCAUGGCAUUCAAGAGUGGUCAAGACUGUCUGGUCUUGAUUAUGACAUAGUGGAAGUGCCUUCCUUGACAGAUGCCCAGCAAGAGGUCCCUGUUGUUGUGUAUUGGAUGAUUGCUUCCCUCGUGGCUGCCACUGCCAACCUCGUUGCUCUAUCGGAGUAUAAAUUAGCAGAUUUUCUCGAUAGGCUUUCUUCAGCAGCUGAUAAAUUCAAGGAACAUCUGAAAUCGAGCGUAGUGCAAAAAGGUUAUGCAGAUGAAAACUACAAGCGCAGGAAGGCAUUUUCUAAUCCCAAAGAUAUUGUUGAAUUCUUGAAGCUUCUGAUCCAACACAAUGGAUCUAAGGUCCAAAUAUAUGACGGCAGCAUCAAAACCAAAACGGAUAUUGAAGUCUUCAAUCAGAAAUAUGUCUUGUUGUUCAUUUCAAGCCUCGACAAGAUUGAAGAUGAGAUUUCACUUUUGAAUACAAUCCAUGAUAGAUUGCAGGAGAAUCCAAAUGAAGUAGUAAAAAAUUACAAGAAAGGGGAUUUCAAGAUUUUGUGGAUCCCCAUUGUGGAUACCUGGGACGACAAGCAAAAACACAAAUUCAAUAUUUUGAAGAAUACCAUCAAAUGGUAUGCAGUGGAGUUCUUCACUGAGUUACCAGGCACGGACCUAAUAAAAGAGAAAUUCAAUUACUUGGGAAAACCUAUUGCCCCAGUGCUCACCCCUCUUGGUGACAGAAUGAAUGAAGAUGCAAUGGACUUGAUUUUCCAAUGGGGGAUCGACGCGUUUCCUUUUAGGAAAAUUGAUGGUAUUGAUCUUACUCUAAAAUGGAAGUGGUUUUGGGACGCUACAAAGAAAGCAAAUCUUGGAAUACAACAGGUCACUGGGGACAGGUACAUUUUCAUCUCUGGAGGUGCUGACAAAAAGUGGAUCCAAGACUUCGCAGUGGCAGUGGAGAAAACAAGAGGGCAUGCAAUUAUCUUGAACACUGACACCAUCAUAGAUCACUAUCAGUUGGGGAAGGAUGACCCCACGGAUGUUCGUCGUUUCUGGAUUGAAAUAGAAAGGAAGAGACUGAAGAAGCACAAGGAUGCGGUGGACUGUGAGAUUCAAAAAGUUGUGAAGACCUUGCUUUGCCUCAAACAAGAUCAACAAGGAUGGGCUAUUCUUACCAAAGGCUCUAACGUGAGGAUUCUUGGUCACGGUGAGCCUAUGCGCCAAACUUUGGCUGAGUUUGACACAUGGAAAGAUAAAGUGUUCCAAAAAGAAGGGUUUGACGUAGCCUUUGAUGAGUACUAUAAGACCAAGCUUGAUGAGUUAUAUGCUCGUCAACAAUGUGCUUUUGUUAAGAACAAUGCAGAUGUGCUUGUAACUAUAACAUGCCCAAAUCCCACAUGUGGACGUGUGAUGGAGGUGACAUCUGUUAAUUACAAGUGCUGCCAUCGUGAUGCUUCAAACAAUGGCAACAUCUGAAUGUGAGAGAGGAUGAAAUUGAGGUUCUUAGUAGCCUCCAUGAGUUUGCUUUGACAAAACUUUGGGUUUGAAUUUCUUUUUGCUGUCUCGAUCGAGUUAACUAUUACUCUAUUAUAUGCAUAUCUUUUGUGUCAAGAUGAAAGCCUGGUGUCAUGUAGCCACUUGAUUUGCCCUUGAUGAUCAUGGGAAAAUAAAUAAUGGCUUUGUUUAAUUUCAUCUCUGUAUAAUGUCAACUACAAAACUGAAUAAACUUAGCUUUGCCUAUGCAUAUAUAGCUUGGGCCGUUCUAUUUUGUA